CGGCGACCCCCGGGCUCGGGCCAUGGCGCGGCGCGCGGGGCGCUAGGCGGGCCGGCCGCGGGGAGCGCAGGGGCCGCCAUGGCCCGGCGGCGCCGCCGCGCCUGCAUCGCGCUCUUCCUGGUGCUGCUCUUCGCCUUCGGCACGCUCAUGGGCCUGCGCACGCUCAAGGCGCCCGACGGGCUCCCGGCGCUGGGCCCCGGCCUGGAGCUGGCGCCCUUCGAGCGGCGCCCCGAGGCGGCCCCCGCGCCCGCCGCCCGCGCCCCCGCCGCGCCCGCCGCGCCGCCGCCGCCGCCGCCGCCGCCGCGCACCGCGGGCCCCGGGAGCCCCCCGGCGCGGGCCCCCGCCGAGCCCGAGCCCGCCGCGGCGCGCAGCCUGCGCGUCUACUCCGACCUGCACGCCUUCUACUACUCCUGGUACGGGAGCCCGCGGCGCGAGGGCCACUACGUGCACUGGGACCACGUCAUGGUGCCGCACUGGGACCCCAAGAUCUCAGCCAGCUACCCGCGCGGCCGCCACAGCCCUCCCGACGACCUGGGCUCCAGCUUCUACCCCGAGCUGGGGCCCUACAGCUCCCGGGACCCCGACGUGCUGCGGGAGCAUAUGACCCAGCUCAAGGAAGCGGCCAUCGGUGUCCUGGUCUUGUCCUGGUACCCACCUGGCAUGGCUGAUGAUAACGGGGAGCCCUCAGACGAUCUGGUGCCUGCCAUUCUGGACACUGCCCAUCAGUACAAUAUCCAGGUGGCCUUCCACAUCCAACCCUACAAGGGCCGGGAUGACGUCACUCUGCACGAUAACAUCAAGUACAUCAUUGACACGUAUGGCUCCCAUGGUGCAUUUUACCGCUAUAAGAACAGCAUGGGCAAGAGCCUCCCUCUCUUUUAUAUCUAUGACUCGUAUCUGACGGCCCCCGAAGCCUGGGCCCACCUCUUGACACCAAAUGGGCCCCACUCCAUCCGAAACACCCCCUAUGAUGGGGUCUUCAUAGCGCUCCUGGUGGAGGAGGGCCACACGCAUGACAUCCUGGCCGCUGGAUUCGAUGGCAUGUACACCUACUUUGCCUCCAAUGGUUUCUCCUUUGGCUCCUCUCAUCAGAACUGGAAAGCAGUGAAGAAUUUCUGUGACGCCAACAACCUCAUGUUCAUCCCCAGCGUGGGGCCUGGCUACAUUGACACCAGCAUCCGGCCCUGGAACAACCACAAUACGCGGAACCGCGUCAACGGCAAGUACUAUGAGACGGCCCUGCAGGCGGCCCUGACGGUGAGGCCCGAGAUCGUCUCCAUCACCUCUUUCAACGAGUGGCACGAAGGCACCCAGAUCGAGAAGGCGGUUCCCAAGAAGACGCCAACACGUCUGUAUUUGGACUACUUGCCUCAUCAGCCCAGCCUGUACCUGGAGCUCACACGCCGCUGGGCGGAGCACUUCAUCAAAGAGAAGGAGCAGUGGCUGAUGUGAGGGACCUGCAGGUGGGCCUGAGGUGCUGUCUGGGCCUCAGCAUGCGCAGGUGCUCUUAUCCAAGUCAACAUCCGGAGUGGGUCCCCCAGGCCGAGCCCCUACAGAACAGAGCUCGUUCCUCAGGCAGUUGGUGCUGGUAUGCUGUGCAUUGACAGAAAAUCAGGUGGUGUUCCAGACGAAACUGUCGAGGCUGGCAGGUGACUUAGCCCAAAGGCAGCUCCACAUCACCCUUGAAAUCACUUCCGGCUUUGAACUUGGUUUUGUGUUGAGGAGUUACCUGAUCAUUAUUCUUGGAAGUUGCCUGGAUCUUUACUCUGGGCUAGCAUGCACCCUGCCCCUGCCUGCCAGCCUCCAUCCCCUCUUCAGACCUCCUUGCCACCUCAUCUGGCUUCUAAGUUCGGGAAUCCUAUUUGAGACUUUCUUAAAAGAAAAUCCAAGAUUUAAGUUCUUUCUAAGUAGAUUUCUGAACCUGUCAGGAAAUCAUCCUGAGUGUUCACUUAUACUAAUUAAGCACCUAUGUGAUAGGUGCUACGGGAAACCCCCCAAGGAGUUCUUGUUCUCCUCAGGCUUACAGGAUCCAGCAUUUCUGCUUGGUGUGGCCUUGUAGCUGGUGCCUGAGCACGGCUCUAAGUUUUACUUCUUGGUAAUCUAAUUCAUGCCAGGAGUUGAGUUCUUUUUCUCCUAAGAAAA